GAGACAGACCUCCAUUGAAAGAUCCAACGGCACUGUAUCAUUGCUGAGAUAGUGUAUCACCAUGGCAUCAGAAGCAGCCACAGGUACUAGUACUGAUACCAGUACUUCUGGUAGCACUCUCCCCUCCCACCCCACAGCUCGUGCCUUUUUCGACGCUCUUGAUUUGCAGAAACAAAAAAAUGAUACUUCUACUAGUACUACUAGCAGUAAUUCUACUAGACGCUGCAGUGCCUUUGUACAAAAGCAAUUGACAUCGUUGGGAUGGCGGAAUCGUCACUCACAAGACCCACACUAUCCCGUCACUGUCUUGGAUGUUUCUUUUCAAGUCCAGCAGAUGCAACGAGGAGAAAUCGAAGGCACUUACGGGACGGGAGCUUGUGUGUGGCCGGCCGCCAUGGUGCUUGUCAAGUACAUGGAACGACAUUCUCACUUGUUACGACAGAAAGUGGUUGUGGAUCUGGGAUCUGGAACGGGACUCACGUCCAUUGCUGCUGCCAUUCUGGGCGCCAAGGUCGUCGUUUGUACGGAUGGAUGCGAUCCAGUGGUCCAAUUGGCACGCGAUAAUAUUCGGAAGGCUGCUGCUAAAACGACUGGUAGUAGUGACAAUGACAAUGAUGAUCAGAAUGCAGCAGUCAUGAUUCAAGGUUGUCCCAUUUACACACAAGAAUUAUGGUGGGGCAGAGAUUCCAUUCAUCCUUCCUUUCUGCAACAAGACGACAAUGCUACAUGUACUAGCAAUAUCGAUGUGGUCCUGGUGGCUGAUUGUGUGCUGCCCAAAUUAUACCCCAUUGCGCCAUUGGUGGCUGAAAUUGACCAACUUCUCCCACAAUCCACCAAUUCGAUGGCACUGAUCAGUUACGAACAUCGAUACUAUCCCGAAUAUGAUCCACGCGACAAGUUUCUAGAAUUGGCACAACAACGAGGACUGACGGUACUAAAGGUUCCCAUGGAGGAACACGAUCCCACCUAUUCCGUAGAUGACAUUGAAAUUUGUAAAGUCAUGCGAACCACACAACCAAAACCAAAACAAUCACAGCAAGAGUCAUGAAAGGUUCUCAACCCACUAGCUAGCAAGUUUCUAUAAAGUUAAAUUAAAUAGUACAAUGACUAAUAAUAAUAAUUGCACAUUACGGAUGCUCCCUCGUCGUCCCCACGCCCUGCAAAUUAGCAUCUCUGUUUCCCAU